UAUGAUUGGGCCUACUGGGCCGAAUGGUUAAUUUGAAUGUUUGAUAAUUUUGGGCUUGGCGGGUGCCCAAUCAGGCUUCAAGACCCGACUUGUUCGAGCGCGGAUUUCUCUUUCCUCUCUCUCUUUCUCUCUCUUCUUCUAGACGAUUUCUGAAUUCUGAAUCCCACGUCGAACAUUCAAAUUUUGAAAUCCGUUGCGUUGCCCUCCAAAAUUCCAAGAUUCGCAUUCGAUUCGAACACACAACGGCAUUUGCUCUGAUCUUUCAAGCCUACUUCUGUAGAAACUGGCUGUGGAUAUAUACCCUAAUAUGUCCUUACACAAGCCCCAGCAAACCGAGGAACACGCCGGGGUUUCUGGAUCUGAAUCCGAAGAAACGGAGCCGGAUUCUGAGCUCGAGGAGCUGGAGCUUGAAGUAAAGCAAAUGGCUCACAGGAUUCUUCAGUAUAGAUCGACUCUGUCGGGCCAACUAAAGUCCACGUUAAUUUCGUUACUCGAAUCCUCGAGGCCUGUCGCCACUGGAGCCUCGGAGCCGGGAGAAUGUGUUCGUCCGGGCCCUGAAGAUGACGAACGAACUGCAAGAGGUGAAGGCACAGUCCUUCAUGACGAGGGCUUAGAAACUGCAAAGAAGAUUCAAUUGCUUAAAGAUAAAAUAUCGAGUAAUAUCGCUAUGAUCCCUACAGUUUUGAAGAGGAUGAAAGACUGUAUCUCAACAAUUGACAAUCUAGAUUCUCAUAAUGGGGUCAUUCAUCCUGCAUUCAAAAGGAAAAGAAACUAGCUUAAUGUGACUGGUAUACCUGGUAUUUACUUUAGUGGCAAUUAGUUUUGAAAGGGCUUAUGUUGUCUACACUCUACAAUUGCUAUUGUUGUCACUUGACAGUUUUCCGCUGUGGAAUAUUUACCAAAUUUAAGCUCCUGAUAUGUAACAUAACAUUGUGUAUAACAUUAUUGAAGACAUUAGUUUUGCA